AUGGAGUUGCCAGACAAUUAUUAUUUCAAAGCUGAGUAUAUUGAAACGGCUUCUGGUAAUAAAGUAAGUCGUUAUUCGGUGUUGUGCGGAAGUCAAAACAUCAUCCUCAACGGGAAAACUAUCAUUCAAGAUGAUUGUAUCAUUCGAGGCGAUUUAGCAAGCGUUAGGAUUGGUCGCCAUUGCGUUAUUUCUCAAGGAACUGUUAUCAGACCACCCUUUAAAAAAUUUAGUAAAGGGGUUGCCUUUUUCCCAUUACAGGUAGGAGAUCACGUAUACGUGGGUAAAGACACUGUCAUUAAUGCAGCGCAGAUAGGAUCGUAUGUUCACAUUGGAAAUAAUUGUGUAAUAGGUCGCCGAUGUAUCCUAAAGGAUUGCUGCUCUAUAGCUGAUGAUACCGUGUUACCGCCUGAAACAGUGGUUCCUCCUUUUACUUACUUUGCUGGCUCUCCUGGCUCUUUAAAGUCUGAUCUUCCAGAAUGUACGCAAGAAAUGAUGAUCGACAUGACAAAAUCUUAUUAUCAACAUUUCAUUCCAAUCAAGGAAGAGAAGAAGCAGAAAAAGUCUAAAGAGUCUAAAUAA